ACAUUUUAACAUGCAAUAGAUAGAUUUUUAAUGGCAUUUUAAUUUGUUGUUUAUUGUUUUAUUUUACAAACUUAUAAUUGCUGUGUUAAUUGCAGGUUUCUUGCCUGUGUUAUGCUUUAUUUCAAGACGGUCACAUAAGGUUUGUGCCUAAGUCCACUAAAUUCUGUGGGAAUUUUCCCACCAAUAAGUACUGGCUCAGGCUCUUAAUGGACUUCAAUUUCAGUACAGGCAUAAAGUAAAAACAGAUGCUUAAUCAGAAAAGCCAUUUUUAAAGGCAUAAUGGUCUAGGCGAUAGUACUCAGUUCUAUAAUGCUAUUCUAUUUCUGCUUUGGAUUGUCAAAUGUUAUUAGAAACUGAUGGUGUUGCUUAGGGGAAUGGAUUCUCUUUUCCACUGAUCACCUAUGCAGAAGCUUUUGCAUUUUUGCACUUAGGCAAACAAGCUAGCAUUUACACCUCUAAAAGCUACACAGACCCUCUGAUGGUGCAUCUGAGUGCAUAAACCUAAUGUUCAGCUUCUGAACUCAGGCAAAACAAGUCUGAUGUUCAAGUGUCACUGCAAAUGGAAAUACUUCUCAUAAGUACAUCAGCCUCGGGCUGGCAGUUGUGCUUUGUUGAGCAGAGAGCUGAUUCAGCUGAAAUACGUGUGUUUUCCCUGUCCUGCUGCCUGUCUUCCCUAGCCCUUCUCCCUGCUGGAUCCCCUGGGUGUACCCUAGAUCCCCUGAUGCUGCCCUGCCCAAGGCAGGCAGAACACUGUACACUUGCCCACAGUUUAUAAUCCAGUCCUUAUCCACUGAAAAGGUCUGCUUUGCAGACUGGAUUUUUUUUUUUUUUUUUUGGUGAAUAACAGUGCAGGCUGCUCCAUCUCCCUUUAGAAGACUUUCCUGAAAUAAGGCAGCAUUGCCUACAACAGAACUGCUGCUAUGUGCCUGCCCGUGCCUGUAAUACUCAUCAGGACUUUGGUGGAUGGGUGAGCUCCUGCCCACUCUCAUAUACAAUAAUGUCUGAAUAGGAAAGAUAUUUUUCUUAAAAAGGGAAAGACAAUUAAUGUCCUAUUUGUGCACUGGACUGGUUUAACUCAGAUGAAGUCACUGGAAUUAUUUAUUACAAGCAACAAUAAAAUUGGGCACAAAAAUCAAUAAAAUGGAUACUAAUCCACAACUGACAUGCUCAUCACCAAUUUUCUCUAGUUCAUAAAAUCCCUUUAUUUGUCACUAGUCCCAGUUGGAUGUAAAGCAAACAUUUUGAAGAAUGCUUGCUUACAGAAAGCAAAACAAACCAAACUUCCCACAUAUCUGAACAAAUCUACCCUGUUAGUGACACAGUUCUUCAAAGAAAAUAAUCAGAGAUGAGGACAUUCUUAAAGCAAUUUACUUUAACUCGGAAAGAUGUUCUAUCUGUAAACACAAGGACUGGUAGCAUGAUUUAAGGGUUGAUGCACUGCAUUCAGCAACUUAUAAUUGCAAUGUUAAUAUUACAGGAAGUUUCCAUUUUAAUACUGUCACGGUCUCUUUAAAUAGUAACUAAAUCACUAGGAAGAGAGAAGCAGACACCCCAAGGAAGGCCCUGGUCAAGGCGUUGGAUUACAUCUUUCACUUAGCACUAACAAAAGGCAUGGGAUCUCAGUGUCACUACCACAAUGCCUGCACUACUUUACCAGCUGGGCCAGACUUCAAGUAUGCCAGCUUUUAUAAAAAACAUCACCAAUAUAUAAAACGCGUCUCUACGGCCCGCAGUUCAGAGGCAAACAGCGCACAGAAAUGUGAAGAUGUAGGGCAGGACGAUCCUAAACGCGACCUUUGUGGGGAAGGCUCGGUCCCGCGGCCGUGCCCCCUCAGGAGCAGCGGCUGCCCGGGGCCUCCCGGCAGAGCCCAGGCCACAAGGGGUGUGUGUGUGACGUUGCUUUGUUUUGCCGGUUUGGGAUUUUUUUUAAAGGAACGAAACAGACUCCUUUUGCUUCUCUUCUCACACCCUGCUGCCCCCACUGACUCCCGAAGAAGAGUCACAGCAGUCAGCCCCGGCCCGGCCCGGCCCGGCCCGGCCCGGCCCGGCCGAGGUCUCCCCUCCCCGCCGGCGGAGCCGCUUCCCUCGCCCGGCUCCGGCGCCGAGCCUGCUUAUUUGGCAGCGUCUCAAGUUACUCCCCUCAGGCAGCUUGAGCCAGUAAAACUAGAUCCUUUCAUCUCGGCGGAGCUUACUGACAACCAGCCGUCUGGUUUCCUAGGAAACAAAAUCUUGGCUAGAAAUAGUGAAUCAUUUCCAGGUCACUUUCAACAUGGAGAGUGGAGCAGGGAAGCAUUGGACUGAGGAGGAGGUUAAAGCCUUGUUAAGCGUCUGGUCAGAAAAAAAUAUCAGAAAGCAACUGCACGGCACCCUGAGGAAUAAAGGAAUAUUUAUCUACAUUGCUAAAAGGUUGCAGGAGUUGGGAGUGUGCAGGGACUGGAAACAGUGCCGUGCAAAGUACAAAAACCUCAAGUACGAAUACAGAACGGUUAAAUAUGCCCACAACUCUGGGGAUGUCACUAAGACCAUGAAGUUUUUCCAUGAUCUGGAUGCCAUAUUGCGAUACGAGCCUGUCACACAAUUAGCAGCAGAAGAAAACGGCAGGUGUUCUGCGACUGAGACGCAGCUGAACACAAGCCCCACAACAGACAGCACGCAAGGUGAAAUACCAGUUUCUUUAGAAGAUGAUGAGGAUGCUCCAGGAGAUCCACUACUUUUUGUAUCUCAUGCCAGACCAGUUCAACUAGGUAAUCCAGCAUCAGCAGUAGAGGCUUCCAAACCACCGGCUUUCAUUCCUACAGUAGCAAAUGAAGGAGGAAAACACUGGACUGUUAAUGAAGUCAGAGCUUUGAUACGCAUUUGGUCAGACAAAAAUAUCCAGCAACAACUGGAGGGGACAGUGAGAAAUAAAAGAAUAUUUGAACAGGUUGCUGCUAGACUGCAAAAGUUUGGAAUUGACAGGGACUGGAAGCAGUGCAGGACAAAAUACAAAAAUCUGAAACAUGAAUACAAGAGUGUAAAAAGUGCCCAAGUCUCAGGGAGUACGAGUAAAAGUAUGAAAUUUUUUAAUGAACUCGAUGCUAUUCUGGGGCACUGCACAAUGGAACAAGCAAGUAAAUCAGAUAAUGAGGAAAGUGAGAGGCCUCCAGAAUGGACAGAAGCAAAAUCAGAAAAGGAUUCUGUAGAAAUGCCUGGAGACACAGGUGAAGAGGACUCUGUUAGUAAUACGUCAGAAGACCUACAGGUUGCAGAUAUAAAGAAAGUUUCUGAUUCAGAUGAUGUUACUGUAAAUACUACUCCCGAGAGUCAGGCAGCUCUGCAUACAACCAAAGAAACAAAUAUGACAAAAAUCCUUGAAGAUGAGGGGGACUUUGCCAACUCUACCCCAGCAGCUCUGGAAGCUACACAAAUAAAGAAGGAGACAAUUGAUAUAGAUGAUGAUUCUAUAAGCACUACCUCAGAAGACAGAUCUUGUACGCCAGUAGCAAAACAGAUGGUUGGGACAGACAAUCACAUUCCCUUGGAAGAAGCACAAAAUCACUUUAAAGUUAUUACAGUUAAUGAUACUGGAGCAGGAAAACACUGGAGUGAUAAUGAAGUUAGGGCUCUGAUAAACAUAUGGUCAGAUGAAAAGAUACAGCAAAUGCUUGAAGGGGCCACAAGAAAUAAAGAAAUAUUUGAGGAAAUUGCCAGAAGGUUAAUGAAAUGUGGUAUAGACAGAGACUGGAAACAAUGUCGCACAAAGUACAAGAACCUAAAAUACGAAUACCGUGCACUGCAGAAAGAAAAUGAGCAUCUUGGAAAUCCCAGGAGAAAAAUGAGAUUUUAUGAUGAAGUUGACUGUAUCUUAAGAAGACAGCCUCUGGGAACCUCAAGCUGGGGAUGUGAAAGCUCAAGUCUCCUAUCAGUUUCAGUGGGAGAUGCUACAGCAAACAGAGGAUCUUUGAGUACCAAAAGAAAAACAUGGAAUGAUGAGGUGUCACCUGUUCCACUUAAGAAAAGUGCUUCUGAAAACACCAUACUCCACUUCCAAAAACUAUUAACAGAGAGAGUGCACACAGUAACAGAAGGCAAAAAGUUACUGUUUGAAAGGCUUUGUAAGCAGGAAGAAAUACAAGACCUCAACAGAACACAGCUGUAUACUGAUCCAUCAGCCAUACAACAGGGUUUUUCUUUCAGUGCAAAACAACUUUCUGGAUAUCAGUCAUGUUUGGGCAUAGACCUACACAGCCCGGCCAAAGCCAGGUCAGUUCUGGGCACAUACAAAGGCACAGCUCAAGUCAAACAGUCAAGUCCAUAUUGCAGCAGCAACAGCCACCAGGUUUAUUUACACACAGAGGCCUAAAUUCCAUCCAAGUCUCUCUUCAUAAAAUUUUACAUUAAAAUAUUACUGGAUAUAAUGUGUUAUUUCCUGCUCUCUGCCUAAUUAUUGCCUAGUCAAUUCUGCUAUGAGAGACAUUAUGAAGGCAAACACUUUCCACCAAGGUGGAUUUAAUCUGCCAUUUGACUAGCAUUUUUAAAACAAUUCUGAGAAGUCAGGAGAGAGAUCCCUAGAAAAUGUUUUUUGAUAAUGUUAAUUUAUACAGUGACAUGGAUACACAGUUUUUUCAGUGUAUGCUUAUCUACCACUUUUCACAUUUUACACUGAUUUCUCAGUAUAAACCUUCUUUGGUUUGUAAUACUGUCGCCAAAAUGAUCAUUUCCAACAAUACUAGUAUCGUCAUUGGUUUAAAAAUCUUUCUUCUCUCUUCUUUACAAAGGGUUGGUUCAAACGUACAUCCUUGAACUUGCAUUGAAUUACUUGCAUUCAGAAGUGUUGUCUUUGCAAGGAGGACAAGGUUUGCCCCGGCUAUCACAGCAGACAGGUAUCCCUAUAGAACACGCUGAGUCAGCUGAAGACCUCACCAUUCCCACACUAUUAAAACCACAGGUUACUCCCUCCACAUGUGAAGCAAAAAAAUGUGUCACCCAAUCCUAAUUCACACCAGUACAUUUAAAAGUUUAGGUCAAUUAAGUUAUGAUUUAAAUUAUUUGCAGUAACUGUACUGAAAAAAAUACGAGUAACUUCCAUGUUUUGCUCUACCUUCUGUUUCAUGAAUGCAAGGCUGAACUUGACUUGAUAACUCAUUCCAACAAGAUUCCCCUUUUCUCCAUGUUACUCUGAAUAAUCCAGUUCUUGCUGGAUGCCCUGUAAACCAGUUCAUCUCACUAACCUCACACAAGACUAGCCCAUCUAGUAAGAAAAAACCCUAAUGUUGCUUCUGUGUGAGCUGAAGUAGCUCAGCAAGUUCCCAGAUGUUCCAGGACUAACUCUGAACAGCUGAAAACUUAUUUUUGUUGUAGUGUGCCUCUCCUUUUAGAAGAAAUACUAACUAGAGGGAAGCAGUUAGCACUGCAGAAAUGACAAACUUCACUUUAAAGUCUGCAUGAUGCACAAAGAUACAAAUCUUUCUAAACCUUGCUGUCAUUCAGUACAAGGCCCAAAAAAACCCUUUAUCUCCUUCCAAAAGAUAAAAAUUAAAGACUUUUAAGUAAUUAAAAUCAGCAGACCUUUCAAGAAUACAUAUCUGUUUUUAAAUGCUGAUAUUCAGGUGAGAACAACAAAAAGCACUGAGGCAAACGACUUGCUGAAUUUUUAGCACGUCAGAGCAGAGAAGUGCAGAGCACACUUGCAGUCUUUGCUUGGCAAUGGUUCAUGUCAACACUAGGUGGUAGACAUGAAGCAAGAACUGACAGAAAAAAAGAACACAAGAGUGUUUACUUUCCAAGUAAAGGGUUUUUUCCCUCAGAAAACUUUUCAGAGAGCAGGAGUUAUCUGACAAACAAAUGUCCUAAGAAGGUGGAUUUCCCUUUGUGUGGGAUUCCUCUUCUAUUCUGCCUUGUGACUGCAAAGCAUAGUUUGUUUGUUGUAAAUGUUUUGUCAGAAAGCUGUCUUCUGCCCUGAUGUUCAUUUAUUGUUGAUCAAAGAUGGAAAGAGAUGUCAGAUGCAAGAUGGGGCAUUUGCAUAAUCUGAUAUUUGUGCUCUACUCCCAUUUAUACAGAUAACAAUUAAUUUACUUGAGACAGAUAAAGUGAUAUCAAGACAACCUUUCUUCACUGUAGUUGUAGUUACAAUUCCACAUAACUUUUUGCUUAGAGACAAAAUUACCAGGAAUGUUGACAUUUAGAAUUCUGGUUACAUUUAUUACAGUCACACAAUAUUUAGUCCAGACACACUCACGGACCAGUGACAUGGAACGUGGGCCACUAUCUGACACGUGAAAUGGUUAUGUGUAGGGAACUACCACAGGACUGCAGUGGUUUGGGAGGAGAGCCUUUCUUAGACACAGAUCCUCAACAGAAAGGCCAGACCCAAGUCAACAAGUCCAUGUAACUGAUCCUGGGAAUCAUAAUAUAAAUUAGAUUAUGAAAACGUUCCAGCUUAACAAUCAGAACCAAGUAAUGAUGGCAAGAGCAUCAAUCCUAUAAAUAACAGAGAUUUUUGGUCUUCUCCCUCCUCAAAUAUCUCCAUUACUGCCAGAGGGCCAUUAGGAUUAGUGUGAGAGCAAAUCUUUUUCCUCCCCAGUUUGCAAAUGGCAAUACUGAAAUUUUUCAGUUGUAGCAGAUAAAUGGAACUAUUACCACUCUGACUUACAUUAAAAAGCUUCAUUCUUCUCUAAAACACACUUAUUCAGUAAGAUGAAUGGGUCACUUUAUACAUCUUUAAUAGGACUGUUGGAAAGUCCUCUGCAUGCCCUCUUACAUUAUUUGAGAAACUGUUUGGGCCAAAGGCUUUGAGAAUGAGCUUCAGGAAGCAGAAAUGCUUGCACUGAUGGUGGAUCAACAAGCACUGUCUGCAUCAUUAGCUUUAAAGACUCUGCCUUCAGUCAUCCUGUUUCUUACACAGCUAGGUCUCCUUUGUGUUGGCACAAGCAUCCAUAUGGCCAGGUGGCUACCUAGCUGAUAGAACUGAUUUAAAUUAAAACUAACCUAAUAAAAAGCCCCUCCAAACAACCCUGCCUUUUUUUUUUUUUUUUAAUGGGAAUGUGGCAGAUAGUGAAGCCAGGAGCAUUUACAUUAACUGAACUACCCAGUGAUAACACAGGUUGCUGCAUACAACCCUCCCUCCAUGCAUGAGGCUCAAAUUUAAGGUAUGGGCAGACAAGCCAACCAAGCAAUCCUGUGAAAAUUACUGGAGAGAUGUAUAUGGAUGACUUAUCUACAGCCAAAGUACAGAAGAAUGAACAGUCUCACCCAGCUCUCUAGCUAGGUUAAUGUAAUGGGAAGUCUGUUGGCCACAAUAAACAUAACGGCUGCCUCAGAAAUGUCCUCUUGUAUCUCAUGUUUUGCACCAUUUCCCUCCUGUUUUUUCCACUCCUUAUAACAUUAUCUCAUUCCAGAUGGUUACUCCACAUUCAGAGAUAAAAACUUAGACUGAACUACAUUUUGUGACAUGUACAUUGAAGAGACCUCAAUUGGUUAGAAUGAAAUCUAGCUUCUCUUCCCUUUCCCAAAAAUGAGUGAGCAGGAACCUGAGCCCUGCAGGAUUUUAUGUAAAACAACCUAGCAGAUGGAAGAGCUCACCACAGCAAAAUGGCCUUUCUUCUCCUCUCUUCUUGCAGGAGCAAGCUAUGCAGAAUGUAAUUAAGCCAGGCUGUCAUUACCUUCAGCACACAAUGGCCUAAAACUUGAACCAAGACAGAACUAAAAGAAGGGUUUUUACAUCUACAUUCUGUAUCUGAAAGUACUCGGGAAUGUUUUACCAGCAUAUAGAGCAUGAAUGUUAUCAUAUAAUAGCAUACAGACUCAAUCACUAGCUAGGCACACCUUGUACCCUGUAUAUUCCAUAGGGGAUUUACAAAGAAAUAUGAUUAAUUAAAAAAUUUGGUAUUUAGAUAGUUAGGACAUUUGACACUGCACUUCUACACCUGGGAAUGAGGGAUAUGUAGAACUCAUAAAGUGUUCUUGAGAUGAAAUGAAAAGAUAAAUACCUUACAUACAAAAUGAUCAGGAUCAUUACCGGUAGUAUAUCUGAGUACCGAUAUAUAAAAAUUCUCAUCCAAAAACUAUUUCAAUUUUCAGCUUUUUGAUUCAAAGAUUCACAGUGUAAGUCACAAUACCAAUGGCUUGCUAAAUAGCCUUUUAAAAAACCCCCACCUUGUAGCCAAAAUGUCAUAUAUAAAAUGUAGAUGAACACUUUGAUUGUGCUAUAUUUAAUGUAGGUAUUUGGAAGGAUGGCUAAUGGGAAGCAACCAGUGACUUUACUAGAUUGAAAGAGAAGUGUCUUAAUUUACAUUAGUGAUUAUCUGGGUUCUGUUACAUGAGUUUUAAUAAUGGACAGUAACAGGAAAGGUACCAAAAAACGCACUGGCCAAGCCUCCACUGAUAACAAGUUCCAUACACAGGCCCAGCUGAGACAAAGAAUAUUCCUGACUUAAUGGGACUUCCACCUUCACAGAAAAUGGCUUUUAAAGAUUUUUUCCUAAAAAUGAGUACAAAGCUGGUACACUCAGGUUGCAGUACACAGUAUUACUGCCAAAAGUAUUUUCCAGAGAAUUCUGCAAAAAGUUAACAGAAAUCACUCUUCCUCGAAGAUUAACUUUGCAAAUUUGUCCUGGUCAAGGACUCAAAUGACGUCUAAUAGAUUUGUAAUUCAGAGUAACUCCUCCCUCCCUCACCACCCCCAAGAAAAUCCUCUCCUUACCAACAUCCUCUGAUUUGAUUUUAGCAUGCUGUCAGUGGAUUUUGCAGUGACUCUGUUCCCUGGCUUACCAAAUGCAAUGAUGUGGAUGAUUUAGACCAUCCACUUUUAAGCCUUGUUAUGUUGAUGCCAGAGUAACAUGAUUUGCUUGAGCAGAAUUAAGUUAAUGAGCAUUCACAGCUAACAUAGCUGUAAAAUGUUACCAUGGUGUCAAGUUAAAUUGAUAAAAAGUUUUAAGUGUGUUGAAGGCCUUGAUUAGACUGUAAGAAUAUACUGGCUUUUGUUUUAAUUCACAGUUCACCAUUAUAAAGUUAAAGCCAAUAAAAUGCUGUGUUCUAACUUCUGCUACAAAGGAGUGAGAAUUUAAACCUCCACAACUAGCAGUUGCUUUUUAAUUAUUAAAAAAAAUGCAACCCCAAACAACUUUUAAAGUUGUUUCUGGUACUGUCACGGUAGUGAAACUACAAGUAUCUUUUGUCUUUGAUUAUAAGCCUACUUGUGGGCUCCCGAACUUUGCUUACAUAUACACAUCAAUUUCUCAUGCAAACAGUUUCAGUGAGUGAAGCAGUGAGCACUGCUCAUACACACCACUGAACACAUGCUUAAAUAUAUUGGUUGCUUGAUGCAGCAUACAGAGUUUCAAAUUUCCAGCUGCAAACAUCCACAGUGAAGGAAAUCUAUCAAAGCCACAGUAAUAAAAAUGAUCAGCUCAUUCUUGGCCAUUUAUCAGAAACAGCCAAGUCCUUCACCUUGCUGCAACCAGCUGUAUCAGAACACAAAGCACAAAGAAUUUAUGCUGUACAUUUUUGUGGCAUCUAACAAAUAACAAAUACUCUGGGUUUUUACACAUACAGGUAAGAUUUCAAAGAUUAGAAAUUAUAGCAUGUUCUCUUUGUGGCCCAGGCAUCUCAGAAAUGGAGCUUGAUACAAUGCCAUACUUUAAUAUUCUGAAUUUUAAAAUCAAAGACAAAUUAGGGGCCAAAUUCUGUCAUUUAUUGCACA